AUAUGUCCACUCCAAAUAAAUAGGGGUUUCUAUUCAUUCCCAAAGAAUUUAUCUCUCCAUCCAAGUAUUAAUGAAAAUCUUUAACCACAAAAAAAAAAAAAACCUAAAAUUGCUUUCAAAUUUAAUAAAUCUAAAAAUAAAAAGGCACCAUGAAAGAUACGGGCCACGUGGAAGUCCAGCUUAGAGAAAAUAGUAUUGAGCUACCGGCCCAUAAUGUAGGCCCAUAUUUUGAAUUCAGUUUGUUAUAUUUUUGAAUUUGAGGGUGGCGCGCGUAUAAGUAGCAAAGCCUUGGAGCUUUGAAAGAGCGAUCGCUUUAGUUUUGGCUCAGAAUAACCAAACACACACUGAGAAAAUGCCGAAGCGCAAGAGAGCCGUCGUCACCCAGCCCCAACCUCCUCAAAUGCAAAAGCGUAUGAGAAGAACCAAGACGAUUUGCUCUUGCAGCUCUCCUCGCUUCACUGACAACUCCGCUGGCUCCGCCUUUUGCUGGUACGAAGAGGACGUUUGGACAGAGAUCGCCAAGUAUCUAGACGGAAAGUCACUGGUGAUGCUCGCAACGACAUGUUGUUGGUUCCACGGUCUGAUUAUGGAAGGGAGCAUAUGGAAGUACGCCUGCCUGCGUGAUCUUCAGGUCCCUGCUCCUCUCCACGUGGCAUUCAAUUGGAGGAACCUCUACGUUUCAGCCUUCGAUGGAAGCCAUUCUUACAUGUUCCGCCAGAAGGAGAAGCAUAUUGACUGGAUGCGGAUUGGUGCAUUUUCCGUUGAAUCUUCAGAAGCACUCUUGACAGAAAGGCUGAGAAACCCAACAAAACUCCCAGAAGAAGAUACCAUGCAGAAAAUGUUGGAGGCCUGCGGCUAUUGUGUGCUGGAUAACGUUAAAGCUGGGAUAUGGAUAGCUGAUCUCCAACUUGUUCGAUGCCCCGUCUGCGAGCUCAAUACAUGUGAUGGAACAAUGCAGACGCUGGAUGCAAGGCAUAUAGAAUUGUUCUUGAGCGAGGGGUAUCAGAAUGGAAGCUGGGAAUACGAACAUAUCGGUUCCCAUGAUGUCAAAAAGCAUGUCGAUGGUGCUUCGGGGGCUAUUUUCGAUCUCAAACACCUCAAUGACUCUCCAACAUCUGCAGUCUUUAAUCUCAAGUCAUGGGUUGGUAAACCGAACGACUGGCAACCAAAGGCUAUCAUUACUCUACAUUCAGUUGCAGUCAACACCAACUUACAGAAAAAUGAAGGACUUCAAGUCAAAUACCAAGUGAUGAGAGCUGGAGCUGGAGGUGAAGUUGUAUCUAUUAGAAUCUCUCAGCAGCUCCUGUAAAGUCCCAUCCCAUCCCAUCCCAUCCCACUGGUCUUAGCCAAAAGUGAAAAACAUUCCCUUCUGAUAAACUGAUACCCAUAAAUAAAUAAUAAAUAAUAAAUAAAUAAAUAAAAAAAAACAGAAAACAAACCCAUAUUGGGGUUCAUUAAACUAGUAAUUAGUAGCUUAAUUUCCUGUUUACUCAAAUUAAAAGGGAAAAUAUAAAAGCUCUGAGAUAGUUUGGUCUUCCCUGUAGAAUUGAUAAAUACACGUGCUGUGCUACAAAUAUAAAUUUUAAUUUUAGUUGAUCUUACGUACACUCCUUGGCAAGUGGAUGUUAGUUGCGUAUUAAUCUUUAAUGGUUGUUUUUAGCUUACCAAAUCUGUGAAUUUAAUCUCUGACUUUGGAUUUAAAACUUAAAAAAAUGUGGUUAAAAUAGGAUUUACAUGUGAUCUGCGCUCACUGCUGACCUUUGGCACACAAACAUAUUCUAAUUGGUAAAAUCGUACAAAAGCAACGAUCGUGGUGAGUGAUGACC